ACCGGUGAUCGAGCCCGCCACGGAUGCGGAAGCUCAUGGCGGACACGGAGACGGACAUGGACCGGCCGGGGGCCAAAGAAGAGUCCCGAGAAAAGGGCACCAGCAUCGGGGAGCAGAAGGAUGGAGGCACUCCAAGAAGCAGCACAGAGGCUGGAGACAGUCCUGCAGGAUGCAUAGAUGGGACAGAACAGAACCCGGAAGAGGAGGACCACCACAAACUGUCUGUGAUCUCCUGGAAUGUGGAUGGACUCGAUGGAGAGGAGCAGCCGGAGAGAGCGAGAGGCCUCUGCUCUUACUUAACCUCGCACUCUCCUGACGUGGUGCUGCUUCAGGAGCUCAUCCAGCCAUACACCCGCUUUAUGAAGAAACGCCUGGCGGAGCACUACAUGUUCAUUGAAGGCGGAAAGGAAGGUUACUUCAUUGGGAUGAUGCUGAAGAAGUCUCGUAUCACACUGCUGGACAGCGAGACACUCGCCUAUCCAACCUCUGGCAUGAUGAGGAACCUGCUGGUCGCGCAGGUGCUGUUCAGAGGCCAGAAGUUCUGUCUCAUGACGUCCCACUUUGAGAGCUGUAAGGCCAACGCAGCAGAGCGGAUGAGACAGCUGAGGCUGGUGAUGAAGAGGAUGGUGCGGGCGCCCGAUGACGUCACCGUCCUGUUCGGAGGGGACACCAACCUGAGGGAUGCUGAGGUGGCCAAAGUGGGCCUUCCUGGCUGCGUCUGCGAUGUGUGGGAGCAGCUCGGAGAGCCGGAGAAUUGCCGCUACACGUGGGACACUCACGCCAACACCAACCAAGACCACCGCUACAAGAGCCGCUUCCGCUUCGACCGGCUCUACCUGCGGCGGCCCGGUGGAGCCGGGGCCCCCCCGGUGGAGCCGGAGAGCAUGGCCCUGAUAGGGCUGGAGAAGCUGAAGUGUGGCCGCUUCACCAGUGAUCACUGGGGGAUCUACUGCACGUUCUCUGCUCAGUAGAAAAGUACCAAACAAAGCAAAACCGCCGCAUGUGUCCUUCAGACUACAGAAAUGUUGAAGAAAUAAAAAAAGAGUAAGGAAAUUAUGCAUGUGGUAUUUGGGAAAGGAUAAAGAUAAUAAAUCAUAUGUAUUGGUUGGUUGCACAAAUUCGUAUGUGGGUACGGAACUUUUACCACCAACUGACAGA